CCGCCUCCCCGCUCGGGUGUUUCCGCCGGGCCGGCCGCCGCGGUUCGGCGCCGCUCGGGUGUUUCCGCCGCCCCGCCGAGCCGUGCCCAUGUCGGCCGCGCUCCCCGCCGCCGGCUCCCGCUCCGAGCCCCCGGGCGGCCGCACCGCGCCCCGGGGCCCCGCAGAAAAUGAAGACUCAGCUCAAAAGACAGAGCCUGCAGAUCAGCUAGUUGAUUCUUUGGAGUCCAGUACUUCGCAGAGCGGGUCACAGAUUAAAUCACACCUGAGUGCCUGCACGACAGAGAAUUCAAAGGAAGAAAUUGACACUUCGGAGGCCCAGGAAGUGGCUGAACUAGAAGAGAAGCUGUCUGACAAAAUCCAUUCCCUCAAAAAGGAAGCUAUUGUUCGGAAAACCAACUACCAUGUACCUCAGGGAGUAGGGGAUAUAGUCAUGAUUCAGUCAGAUCAUACUGGUGCUGUGGAUAUUCUUUCGGCUGAGCUGGAGACUGCAGACCUCCUUGGGGAGCAGAGGAAAGCUCAGCCUCCCCCUCUUGCUGCACCCACCACGUGGACCACUGAGAAGAUGAAGGAAUUCAAAGCCAAGAUGGGAAAGGAGAAGAAUGGCCGAAUGGUGGUGAAGCGAGGCGAAGUGGUGACAGUCCGUGUGCCAACCCACCCUGAUGGGAAAUGCAUUUGCUGGGAGUUUGCUACUGAUGACUAUGACAUUGGGUUUGGAGUCUAUUUUGACUGGACCACGGUUACUAACACAGCCAUUACUGUUCAGGUCAGUGAAUCCAGCGAUGAGGAGGAUGAAGAGGAAGACGAGGAAAUUGAAGGACUCUCCCCUGCUGGUGAUGUGGAAAGGGGCUCCAAAAGCUAUCUGCGGAACCGCUACGGAGAGAUCAUGCCUGUGUAUCGGAGGAACAGCCAUCGGGAGGUGCAGGCAGGCAGCCAUGAGUACCCAGGCGAGGGCAUCUACCUGCUGAAAUUUGAUAACUCGUACUCUCUCCUCCGCAAUAAGACUCUGUUCUUUCACGUCUAUUACACGAGCUGAAGAAAAGGGAAGGGGCAGGGAUGGCAGGCAGGUAAUGGUGAGUGUAGCAGGCUGCCACCCAGCCCUGGUACUGCCUGGUGGGCACUGCUGUGUGACAGAACCAAGGCACAAUUCUUAUGGCUCUUCUUCAGACAUGAACUGAUUUCUUCCCACACCCUUCUUCCCCACUAUCCCAGGGGAGAAAGGUAGUUGUGACUGCCUGGUUGUUCCCAGGCAGCUGCUCUUUCUCUAAGUCUUUGGGAGGUCUGCUCUGUGCAGGCAUUGGGCUUGGCCUUCACAUCACAGCUGGUAAUUGUCCAGGAGCCAGGUUCAGGUGGCCAUGGUUCUGAUCUUUUGUGCUGGUACAAAAUGAAGUGAAACUAACCUGUUACUGUUUUGUGAAUAACUUUUCCAACUCUCCUGCUGCAUCUGCAUCACUAGAGGGCAGCUGUCAGCUGCAAUGAGCCAAAAGCACAGCUGGCUGGUCACCUAGCCAGGGUAACCCACCACUACUACAGUCACCAGCAGUCAGAGCUUCCUUCACUCACACAAGUGGGGGUGCAGCUGGCCAGCAGCUCCAGUGGCUUGGCAGUGCUAUAAAAGGUGAGCCUCACAUGGCAAAUGGUGUUCAAGUGAUGUUUGAACAGGGUGCACACCUAGUAGUUCCUAGGAGGGUUUUCCUACAGAUUAAGAAUUGGAUGUUAUAUUUGUUAAUUGUGUAGGGAUAUGUAGGUGAUUAAAACUUUGGUGACUACCAAAAGUUUUUUCUCUAAUCCACAUGUGAAGCAGAAUAAAUACAAAAUGGUUGGAAUACAACCUAUAAAUAUACAGGAAAUGUUUCUUAGUAGCAGCAUACUGGUUCACUGGUAUUAUAACCAUAUGUAGCAAGGUUCCCCAGAGAAAUGUAGCUUGUCAGCUGCUAUUGCAAUUGCAAAGGUAUUGUUAGGAAGUUCCUUGGCAUGUUUUGGUGACUCAUGAUGGUACUAGUGAUCACUUUCUGCUCAAGUACUGGCAGAGUUGAACAAGGAAGAAGUUAAAUCCAUCAGUGAUGAAUUUUAAAAUAUGUUUAUCAGCAACUGUUGUUUAUUUUAAUACUUUUAACAUGAAAUCAUUCUCUUUUCUAAGAAUACUGCUGUAUUUACAUUUUAAUACCUCUUUGAAGAGACACAAAAUGGCUGUUCGUGUGGUGAUACUAGUAGAGUUCUGAGUUUUAUUUUUAAAUUGUCCAGGUAAAGCACCUGUACUUGGUCCAUUCCUUCUAUUGAGAGGGAACGAUGGACAAAAUUAUUUUGGGAUAAUUAAAGCCAAAGAUUUUGCUCUCAUAGGAAGACCUGCAUAUUUCCUAUGAAGGGUAUAUUGUAAUGCUGUGCAAUUUGCUCCAUAUUCAAGCUCGCUUUUUUAACUAUCUCUGCUGACUUAUUCACUGCCCCAGAGCACUUAUUAGGUCAAAAUGGUAAGAGAAACAGUCAGACUAUAGUAGAGUAGCCCAAACUGGAAGGAGAAGGAGUAGUAACGCAAAGAGCCACUGUGCUCCAAGCAGUGCUUUCUCAGUGACCAGGCAAGGAGCAGAGUUGGUCAGGGUAAGGAGAAGAGUUGUUGCUGCUUUGGGCCCUGAGAUGAUCAGAAAACAGCCCCCUCUUUCAGGAGAGAGAGCGUGUGCUCCUGGGUUGGGGGGAACUGCAAAGCUGCCUUACUUAAGCAUGGCAAGCACAGGACAAUCUUGUAGGGAGACAGAACAGUAGGGCUUGGUAUCUGUCAGAGCAAGAUGCUCUUUCUUUCAGCAGCUUGGAGAGGGCUCUUCCUUCCUUUAGCCUCUCUUGGAUGAAAUGAAGGACCAUCCUGUGGCCUUUGUACAGCACUUGAAUCAUGCCUGAGCAACUUAGGUAAGGUGUUCUUUUUUUUUUCCCAUCUUUUGUCUAUCAAGUUCCUAUCAAGAUGUUACAGAUGGAGUGAUGCUCUUCACUUGUAACAGAGAAGUAACAGUAUGUUUGUUGAUAUAAACCAGUGAUUUAACACCA